CUUCAACAGAGUAGGAUUGGCAAAUUCGUACGCGGUUUAAUCAAUCAAUAAGAGCAAUGCUCCACUGCCUAAACGCGUUGUGCGAUUAUUUUGAAGAUAUUAUGUAAUUCUUAUGUAAUCCGCGCUUGCCCAAGAAGGAGGUUAAACGACGAUGGAACAGGAAGCCUGCACCAAUUUCAAAUCCAUACGAGCAAAGUUCCAGGACGAGCUCCAGGUGAGGUACAGACCUGUGGUUCCUGAGAAACCCAAACGCCUCCCAACAGCUGCCAUAGGCCGCUCUGGUCUGAUAACCAUGAGCUCUUGUUCAGCUGUGGAAACCAAGACCCCUAGUCUACCCCGGGUCAUUUUCAGAGAAGACCUGAAAAUACCCUUAGGAAAACGCCCUGUAUCAUUCCCAAGCUUUCCUAACACCGCAUCUGAAGUUAGCAGCUCUGUUGAUGAGCACAACAGGCAGUCACUUAAAGUCCGGAAUUCACCCCUCGUGUUGCCGUUUUCAAAUGAACCAAGGCAUGGUUCUACUGUAAUUUCUUCAAAGGGAUUCACGUCACCUCUUAAAUGCGUCAAGAAACCAAUCCCUACACCUUUCAGCUUGACCAAAGUUUCAUUGUUUGGCAAAGAAAUUGAUAAAAAUGGUCUGGGGCAUUUAAAAAACAGCAGUACUCUUAAUGUUCAGCUAGAAGAGUCCAACCUAAAGACUGCAAACACAGAAGCUGUAGAGGUCCACCAGACUAUGCUGUCAAACCCUGGAUUGCCAUAUUCCAGUCUAGAGUAUUCUUCUACACCUUCACCGAAUGAGUCAUUGACAGAUUCAUCUUCUGGUAGUGUUAGCCAAUUCUUUGACCAGCAUGUCCUGAGCACGUUAGAGAAAGCCAAGAGGAAGCUUUCCCACAAGAACCUGUUGGUGUGUAGCAGACCAAAGAGCUUCUACUCUAGUAAAGCACUGGUGCUUCCCACAGCAAGUCCUCCAUCUCCUACCGAAUCUGAGAGUUGCCAUCCAGAGGCUUCUCCAUUGAAAAUCAGUGGAACAUCACACAGAUUAAUGGAGCUCAGUGGAGUCAUGCAGCCUGAAAGGCUACGCAAACCUCUUCCUGAUCUGAUAUCCCUCAGGCCAAUGCCCUUAAAGCCACCUAGACCCCCACAUGUGGAUCUUGGCAAAUAUAAGACUGGAAUUCACAUCAGUGACACAAGUGAAACACUCACUGUUGAAUGUGUACCAGAGCCUGAGAUUUUGGCCACUGGUAAUGCAUCACUUGAGGAUGCAACUGUACCUCCCCCUGAAUUUCCAGAUUUUGACAUAUCUGCACCAGAAGCCACAGACCAUAAUGCCAUAAAUCUGGCAGCCCUGGAAUUAGAGGCAACAGACUUUCCUGAUUCCUUGCCUCCACCACCACUGCCAGAUGAAGGCAAUGGCCUGGAUUUACAGGCUCUGUUGGUCACAUGUUGUCCAAAUAAUAUUGGUGCACAGAACAUGCAGUCAGGAGAUGUUCUCUGUCAGUCUUCAGAUGAAGCGAGGAAUGUAGGGAUCUUGGCGUCUGCUACAGAUUUGGCAACCUCUGACCUUAAAAUGAAUGGAUCACACGCUGCCUUCAACUUGAACAGUGAACACCAACUUCCAUCAGAACCAAUUUCUUCUCAACAAAGGCGUUUCCACAAAACCUUUGACAAUGUUUAUGAGGAUGUGGAGACAGUUCCCAAAUUUUCUUUUGCUCAAAGCUCAUUUAAGUGUAAAGCAGCUCCCAAAAAUCCAUAUGCUGAUAAUGGCCAUGUGAAAGAAGAUUCAUGGAGGAAUAUAUGGCAUGUCACUCAAUGGUCUAAUACAGCUGAAGAUCAAAAUGGCCAUACUCAUCAUGAAAGAAAGAAGCAGCCAAGCCCUGAACACCAUGAUGAUAAAGAGUUGAAGAAGAAAGAGAAGCAGCGUCUGGAGAAGGAGAAGAAAGAGCAGAAAGAGAAGGAUAAAAAGAGAAAUGAGAUGCACAAGAAAUUUAAAAUCACUGGACUGGAAGAGCCCAUGUAUCGCGCUAGAGUCCUGGCAGCCAGCAAACUCCGCAAAUACGACCUGCCCGUCAAAAGUGGGGAUCUCAUCAGCAUCAUCCGAACGGUCAACUGCCCCAAGGGCAAAUGGCUGGCCAGAGAUGCCAACAACAAAUAUGGCUACAUAUCCGUGAUGAAUGUGGAGUUGAACAUUAAGGAGAUGCUUGAGCUUGGAAAAAAGGCAUCGCAGGCCGCUGGACGAGGCCAAACUGAUGGAGAUAACCUUAGUUUUAGCAGCAGGUCAUCUCAUCAGAAUCCAGUGCUUACAAGUAGCUUCACUGAUGACAGUGAAGAAUGGAUGUAUGAAGAUGACACAUUGUCGCUAUCUACUGAAAAUUUGAGUCAGACCAAAGCAGUCUCUAUGCCCGAAAUGUUUGAUAGUAACUCUUCUGUUCAUCAGACAUUCAGUGACUGGAGUAUUGAAGAUGUCCAUACACAAGAGGCAGAAAACUUCCAGUUUGCAGACAUUGAUAUUCUGCCUCCUCCAGCUCUUUACGCUGACUCUCUUUGAGAAUGUGUGAUGUUGAUACCAUACCUGUAUACCAAGGUUCCAUUACCAAGGAAAUCGAUACUUCUUUAGGAGGUGGUGUUUGAAAAAUAACCAUCUAGCACUGGGCUUUUGUCUCACCAUUCGUCAGAUCAUAAUUCUCAAGACUUGGACAUCAAGGCUUGAUUCUCAAAUGCAAAGAGGAAAAAAAGGCUUCCAAGAGAACUUAUUGUGGCAGUUUGAAGAAAAUGAACUUUUGAAGUUUGAAACGUUAUAUAUUUGCACUGUGAGCAACAAGGGGUAGAUUGAGAGUGAAUAACAGACAAUGGCAGCUUAGGGGUUUUAAUGAAAUGAGGGUUUGGCACUCUGUCAUAUAAUCUAUUGUAUGAAUUGCAAAAUUAAGAGUAUGUCUUUAAUUGUACAUGUUGUCUAUAAAUACACCUUUAUGUUGCUUUGUUUUGUGUAUCUCAUUGUGUGGGAACUUUGGAAGUUGGUGGUUUGAUUACAUGAUUGUUUAUUAAUAAAACACAACUUGUAAAUGUUGCCGUACAAUAAAUGGAUCUGUAUUCAGCAAUGA